ACAGAAAAUUGGACACGCCUGGAACAACUGAAAAACAAAAUCAUCACCACUAAUGAUAACAGGUACCUGGCCAAGCUCUCCUCGGUGGGCAGCAUUUCAGACGAGGAGACCUGUGAGAAGCUGAAGGGGCUGAUCCAGAGGCAGGUGCAGAUGUGCAAGAGGAACCUGGAGGUGAUGGACUCGGUGCGGCGCGGGGCGCAGCUCGCCAUCGAGGAGUGUCAGUAUCAGUUCCGAAACCGGCGCUGGAACUGCUCCACUCUGGACAGCCUGCCGGUCUUCGGCAAGGUGGUGACGCAAGGGACCCGAGAAGCCGCCUUCGUCUACGCCAUCUCCUCCGCGGGGGUGGCCUUUGCUGUAACUCGGGCGUGCAGCAGUGGGGAGCUGGACAAGUGCGGCUGUGACCGCACCGUGCAUGGGGUCAGCCCAGAAGGCUUCCAAUGGUCAGGCUGUUCAGACAACAUCGCCUACGGAGUAGCCUUCUCCCAGUCGUUUGUGGACGUCCGAGAGAGAAGCAAGGGGGCCUCGUCCAGCCGGGCUCUUAUGAACUUGCACAACAACGAGGCUGGCAGAAAGGCCAUCCUGAACCACAUGCGGGUGGAGUGCAAGUGCCAUGGCGUGUCGGGCUCCUGCGAGGUGAAGACCUGCUGGAAGGCUAUGCCCCCCUUCCGCAAGGUGGGCCACGUCCUCAAGGAGAAGUUCGAUGGGGCCACGGAGGUGGAGCAGCGGCGGGUGGGCUCCUCCAAGGCCCUGGUGCCCCGGAACUCCCAGUUCAAGCCCCACACGGACGAGGACCUGGUGUACCUGGAGCCGAGCCCCGACUUCUGCGAGCACGACGCCCGCAGUGGCGUGCUGGGCACCUGGGGCCGCCAGUGCAACAAGACGUCCAAGGCCAUCGAUGGCUGCGAACUGCUGUGCUGCGGCCGCGGCUUCCACACGGCCGAGGUGGAGGUGGUCGAGCGCUGCAGCUGCAAGUUUCACUGGUGUUGCUUUGUGAAGUGUCGCCAUUGCCACCGGCUGGUGGAGACCCACACUUGCCGGUGAGGGGCCCCCCGGGCACCCGGGGACGGAGGCCAAGGAACAGAGAUGGAGAAGGGGGGGGAUUUAAAAGCCCCGACUCCUCCCCUCAAAAAAAAAAGAUGCCGGUUGUAUUUUUUUUAAUGUCUUCAUAGUAUUUAUUGCAGAGGUCUGAGGCCCAGGCCCAGGGCCUCUUACCAGCCGAUCAGAAGGACACCAGCCCCCAUUAAGCCUCCUCAAGCUAGUGUAGAUGCAGACUUUUCAGACCGGAGGGAGAAACAUGUACAAAGAACCCCGGUGGCCGAGCUUCCCUGCUCCCCAUUUGUCUGUGGGGAAGGGGAGUGUCUGAGUAAAGGUCCCCUUCCUUCAGGCCUGUGGAAGCAGGAGACUCUCAGAAAGAAGCUGUGCUCAGGCCCCCCCUGCCUGUCUCAGAGGCCCCAGGAGGGGCGAGAGGGUCCCUGGGGGGUGAUAAUGGCCCAGACCAGCAGCUCCCAGCCAAGCAGAUGGAGCAUCAAAUCACAGCAUUUCAGGGCUGGAAGACACUGAGGGACCAAUGAGUCUUGUACGGAGGAGGAGAAUCCAGAAUAUCACUGGUCCAAGGUCACACAAGCCAGAAUCCGGUCUCCUCAAACCCAACCGGCUCUCCCAACCUCCCGCCCCAGAUGGGAAGGAGCCCUGCAGGGCUGACAUCAGGAAUAUGCCCCCUAAGAGUGGUGCAGCCCCGGACCCUCCUACAGCCUCUUGCAUCCACACCUUCCCUGUAACCAGCAUAUGUCCCUGGCAGAGGUUAAAGUGCGAAAGGGAUCCCAGAAACCUGGCCCUGUACUUCGGGUUAAAAGUGAGGAAACCAACUCCUGGGAAGGUCAAGGUCCUAAGUGUAUACGGGGAGGGAUCAUAACUCAGGUCUUCUCCUUCCCAAGGCGCUUUUCCAAGAGACAGGAAGCACAGGGAGCAAUCACUGUCUCCACCCAAGGCAGGGAGUCGGAGGCCUCUCACCAAAGGUCUCCUGAUUUCUAGUUCUCAGUCAUCCACUCGUGUC